GACUUCAUCUUUUUGAUGCUUAUACAAUUAAUCAUUUUUGCAGAUGAACAACCACAACAACCAUAUCAUGUGCAAUUUUCAUACCAAUUUCUCCUCAAUCAAUUCUAGAUGUUCAAUUCUUAUCACUUUCCUUUCCAUAGUGUUUUUGCUCAUCAAAUUCAACAUGGCCACCGCUGACAAUGUGACAAGUAUGAUCAAAUGCAUACAGACAGACAGGGAAGCACUUUUUGCCUUCAAGCAAGGCCUCAAAGAUCCUUCAAAUAGGCUUUCUUCUUAGAUAGGCAAUGUUUGCUGCCAAUGGAGUGGUGUUCAAUGCAACAAGACAUCUGGACAUGUCAUCAAGCUUGAUUUGAGAAAUCCAUUUCCAUCUAGCAGAUCUGGGAUUGCGUUAAUAGAUCAAGACUACACGGCAUAUGAAAGGUCAUAUGAAAGGUCAUGUUUGGGCGGUGAUAUAAACUCUUCCUUGCUUGACUUGAAAUAUUUGCAGUAUUUGGAUCUAAGUUUAAAUGAUUUUAAAGGAACUCCAAUUCCUAAAUUCAUCGGUAGGCUUAAGAAUUUGAGAUACCUCAAUCUCUCAUCGGCAUCAUUCGGUGGAGAAAUUCCACCUCAGCUUGGAAAUCUAUCAGACCUGAAUCAUCUUGAUCUCUAUUGUAAGUUUUAUGGAUUACGCACUGUAAACCUGCAGUGGGUUUCUGGUCUCUCUUCUUUGCGUUACCUUAACAUGGGAGGAAUACAAGUUGACAUUGUAAAAGAUUGGCUGCAAGCAGUUAAUAUGCUUCCUUCUCUUGUGGAGUUACAUUUGCCAGGUUGUUAUCUUCCAAUCUCGCUUCCAAUCUCCCUUCCAUUCAUCAACUUCACUUUGCUUUCAGUCCUUGAUAUCUCGGACAAUUCAUAUAACUCUUCAAUUGCUCACUGGAUGUUUAAUCUUACAAGACUAAGAACACUUGAUCUUAGCAUGAACUCUUUCCAAGGUACCAUUCCUAGUGAAAUUGGUAAUUUGAUUUCUCUGGAAUACCUUUAUAUGUAUAGUAGUGGGGAUAUUGAAGGUCAGGUACCUAAUUCACUUGGUGGGGAAUUGCCUGAUUCAUUAGGAAUACUUGAGAAUUUGCAAUAUCUUGACCUCAGUUGGAAUUCUUUUUGGGGUUCAAUUCCAACUUCAAUUGGAAAUAUGUCGUCAUUGCAAUAUUUGGACCUCAGAUCCAAUAAUAUGAAUGGAACAAUUCCUGAAAGUUUUGGAAAACUCACAAAGCUCGUUCAGUUGUAUCUCCAAGGAAAUCCAUGGAAAGGCGUCAUAACAGAAGUUCAUUUGAUGAAUCUCACAAGAUUAGAGGAUAUAAUCAUAGCACUAGAAACCAAAACAUCCUUGGUUUUCAAUGUCACAUAUGAAUGGAUUCCCCCUUUUAGGCUCAAAUCUAUUGAUCUACGAAACUGCCUGGUUGGUCCCAGAUUUUCUGUAUGGCUUCAAGUUCAGAGUGAACUCAUCUCUUUGAUCCUUAAUAAUGUUGGAAUUGAGGACAACUUACCUGAAGAAUGGCUUUCCAAGAUUUCUGCUCAGCUUACCUAUUUGGAUCUGUCUAACAACAAAAUCAAAGGGAAGUUUCCUAAGAAGUUAGAAUCUCCAAUAUUAGGUUUUAUUGACUUGAGCUAUAAUCGUUUUGAGGGUUCAUUGCCACUUUGGUCAACUAAUACAUCCCAGUUUCAUCUGCAGAGCAACUUGUUUUCAGGAUCUAUACCAUCAAAUAUUGACGACCUAAUGCCACAACUGCGAGGUUUGUAUCUCUCAGAUAACCAUUUGAAUGGAACAAUCCCCUCAUCCAUCUGUACCAUGAAUAGCUUGCAAGUACUUUCCCUUAGGACAAACCAAUUAUCCGGGGAGCUCGCACAAUGUUGGAAUGGGUCACAAUACUUGAUGGUCAUAGACGUGGCACACAACAAUCUCUCUAGUAUUAUUCCAAGUUCAAUUGGGGUCAUUAGUUCUCUCUUUAUGUUGGUUUUGAGCAAUAACAACCUAGAGGGUGAAAUUCCUUCUUCUUUGCAGAAUUGUUCACUUACGAGAAUUGAUCUCAGAGGAAAUAGACUAUUUGGAAAAUUACCCUCAUGGAUAGGGGAGACUGGACUUUGGAUGCUACAGUUGCGCUCAAACUCUUUUAGUGGAAUCAUCCCACAACAAUGGUGCAAUCUUCCAUUUCUUCACAUCUUAGAUCUUGCAAACAACAACAUUUCAAGGGUUAUUCCUAAUUGUUUACACAAUUUAACUUAUUUGGUUUAUGAAAAUGCCAACUUUAUGUGGAGUAUAACUGUGGUGGAAAAAGGUAGAGAAUUGGAAUAUGGAAAAAAUCUUAUAUUUGUCAAUAUCAUUGAUCUUUCUCGAAACAAUCUAAUGGGUGAAAUCCCUGAAGAUAUCACAAGCCUCACUGCAUUGGAAACCUUAAAUCUUUCAUGGAAUCGGCUAACAGGAAGCAUCCCUGAGAAGAUUGGAAACAUUAGAUUAUUGGAAACAUUUGAUCUUUCGAACAACAAUCUUUUUGGACCCAUUCCACAAAGCAUCUCAACUUUAACCUUUUUGAAUCACUUGAAUCUAUCACACAAUAACUUGUCAGAAAGAAUCCCAUCAGGAAACCAACUCCAAACACUCGAUGAUUCGUCAAUUUAUGCAGAUAAUCCUUUAUUGUGUGGGUUUCUUCUUCCCACCAGGUGCUCGGGUGAUGAAGAUCAUACAUCUAAUUCAUCUAGUUCUGGUGGAGGAGGCUCAAAAGACAAUGGUGCUAAGAAUGAUAAUGAAAUGCUCUGGUUCUAUGUUAGCAUGGGAUCUGGAUUCCUUGUGGGACUUUGUGGUGUUUGCUUCACUUUAUGGAUCAAAGUGUCAUGGAGAAAAGUUUAUUUUCGGUUUGUAGGGAUAGCAUAGUUAUUAUUUAUUUUCCUAUGUUGGCUGUUGUGAUAAGAUUUUUAAGCUACAUAUGAUGGGUUUUUCCAUAUUUAUUAUUAAACUUGUUUAUGUUGUCACCUAAGCUUUGUAAACAGAGGCAUAACUAUUGUAUAUUUUCCUAUGAUAGCUAUUGUGAUAAGGUUUGCAAAGCACAUACAAUUAUUAGUAACGCUUGUUAUUAGUUAUGUUGUCA